UGGCGUUCAUUGUUCAGUAUCCCUUCGAUGCGACACCGAGCUUAACGCUCGACACGCCGGACGGACGAUACGCGUAGGAAUCGUUGACGUCAAAUCCGUUUGUGUAAGAACCCGAUACUUGUCGUUGUUGUUAUUAUUAUUCGUAUUGCCGUUGUACUAUACCUUUCAUUGUUGUAUAAACGCGAAAAAAAUAAUUAUUAAAUUGUAAAAAAUCCAAGUGCCGGAAGUGCGUUUUUCGCGAAACGUUGCUCGUGGGUUCUGCUGCAACUGCAGAAGCAGAGGUUAUCAACGUCAUUAUUGCUGUUUUCGAUACGUGAAAAGCAAAAUUCAUACAAUUACACGAUUUCAGAUGCCAUAGAAUGGAACGAAUAUGGAGGCUGCUACAAGCGGCUUCCUUUCUCGUACCGUUAUUACAAAACGUGUUAUCAGAUAGCUCAGACGUGUUUGAAAAUGGAAAAUCAGACAAAGAGAUACUUGAUAAUUUGGUGAACCCAAACAGAUAUGACAAAAGAUUAUUGCCACCAGUGGAUGAUCAAGAUUUUUGUUGUGGGAUGAAAACACCUCAAGAUGUGAGAGUGAUACUUCCUUCGGCCAACAGACAUCCUAUUCGUAAAGGGCCUUUAUUAGUAAAUGUCAGUGUGCUAUUACUCAGUCUGGCCUCACCCGACGAGUCUAGUUUGAAGUACGAGGUUGAAUUUUUACUGCAACAACAAUGGUAUGACCCUCGUUUGCGGUACUCGAACCAAAGCAGGUAUGAUUUUCUAAAUGCUAUUCACCACCACGGGGAUAUUUGGGUCCCGGACACGUAUUUCAUCAUGCACGGCGAUUUCAAAGCAUCGCUAAUACCAGUACACUUUUCUCUGAGGAUCUACAGGAACGGCAGUGUCCAUUAUUUAAUGAGACGCCAUUUGAUCCUGUCUUGCCAGGGUAUAUUGAACAUAUUUCCGUUUGAUGAUCCACAGUGCACGUUUUCAAUGGAGAGCAUAUCAUAUGAAAUGUCAGCUAUAAAAUAUGUGUGGAAAAAUGAUGAAAGCACUUUGAAGAAGUCACCAUCGUUAAAAACUUUAAAUGCAUACUUAGACCGAAAUCAUACAACUGAAUGCCCAUCUACUGGCAGUUGGAGAGGUAACUAUAGCUGCCAAGUGAAUUUGAUUUUUACCAGAGACAGAGCAUUCUAUUUUACUACGGUUUUCAUACCUGGUAUAAUAUUGGUGACUUCAUCAUUCAUCACGUUCUUUCUUGAAUGGAAUGCAGUGCCGGCAAGAGUAAUGAUAGGUGUAACUACAAUGUUGAAUUUUUUCACCACAUCGAACGGUUUCCGAAGUACUCUGCCAGUGGUAUCAAAUUUAACAGCCAUGAACGUUUGGGAUGGCGUGUGUAUGUGUUGUAUAUACGCCAGUUUAUUGGAGUUCGUGUUAGUAAACUACGUAGGACGAAAACGUUCAGACUGGCCGUUACCAAUUGUAUACCAGAAUAAAGAUCAAGACUACAAACAAAUAACGCAACGUUACUUAAAUCGACAAGAUGCAAAUCAAAUUAGUUAUGAAAGUUAUGUGGAUAACGAAAAAUAUUCAAUAUACAGUGACAAGACCCAAGGGGAAUGUUCCAGUUGUGGGCAAGGGGCGUGCACACAUUCGUUAUUACACAACACCUGCCCAUCAAAAACAGAAGAGCAAAAUAUCAGAAGCAACGGCGGCAACAAACGUAAAAUGCCGCCACACCCGAUACGGAUCGCUAAGACCAUCGACGUUAUCGCUCGCAUCACAUUUCCUACGGCAUACGCAGUGUUUCUGAUAUUCUUCUUCAUUCAUUACACUAGUCAUCCAAGCCAUUGGUCCCAGUAGACAUAUUAUUAUGUAUUAUACGGGUGGCUCAAGAAGCUCAACGUUUAUAUAUAGCAAUAUAAUAAUAAUUUAAUAUAAUGUUAUUCUAAAUACGAUCAAUACCGGUAUUGUUUACAACUUUGAAUUGGACUAAUAAAUUCAGGGGUCCAGUAAAUUUAUUCUAGAUCUAUAGAAAUGAAAUUAAUUAGGCUUGAUGAAAAAAAUCUCAUACCACGGACAAAAAAACAUUUAUACAAUGUAAAUGAUACUUGGUUAGGUAUAUACGAGGUUGGUUAGGUAAAAUUAAAUGCGUAAAUUAUUAGGAAAAAUAAAAACGUAAAUAUUUUUUAUUAUUUUCUAUUAUUCAAAAAAUCAACAAAUAUUUCUUAACUGUAGCGUUGACAUUGAACUUCUAAAUUAUUUUGGUACUGUGGAUAUUUUUCUCGGGUAGGUACCUAUGUGUGUAACCAUCAAAACAUAUUUUAGCGUUAUAAUCAAGUUAUAAUUUCAGAACUCACUCAAAGAAAAAAAUUUUUUUAAUUAUAAGGAGCGUGAAAUUACCGCCACAAAAAUGCCAACUGGAAAAUAAUCCGACCGGUCUUAAAGUUUAGUUAAAAAAAUUUAAACACAUCAUAUUAUAAUAUACCUAUUAUUAUAAUAUUAUGUUUUGUAUUGCCAACCUAUAUGCGUUUAUUGUAGAUUUUUUUAAAUCGCCGCGAUGUCGAUAUAAGUGUAGUAUAUAUGUGUAGUAGGUACCUACCUACUUAUGAAGUUUUUUUCCCGUUGUUUGAGAUUUAUUUUUUCAAGAUGUUUUACACUUUUACCCAAUAGGUACCAAUAAUUAUGUAAUAUCAUUUAUAUAAUAAAUAUAAUACUAUCCAUUAUUCCAGCAAAUGUUAGGAAGUUGGCGUGCAGUAUUUUUGUGAUCGUACAGUGCAGAAGUUAUGCAGUUACAUGCGACAGUUGUAGUUGUUGUGUGUAGGUACAGAUAUCAACGCAUUGGACGCAUUGACUUUAUUAACUAUUAUAAGUGCAAUGUGCAUAGGCGCAUAAUAUUAUAACGGUUUAACUUACGGGUAGGUGUACCUACUACACGGAUAUUGUAUAGACUGUAUAGAGAUAUAAUAUUCACGUGUUUUAUUUGAUUGUAAAUUUACACUCAUGUGAUAUUUUAGUAGCAUUUGUUCGUUCAUUCUUAUUGUAUUAGGUAUACUACACUAUUGUUUUUCUUUUGACAAUAAGUAACUUUUUUAGGAUUGUAAAUUAUAACUCUCAUAAGGUAUAUUAUAAUUGCCCUUGUAUUUUCAUACACUAACAUGUCUUGGUACAUGUUAGUGUUUUACUGUGUCUGUUUGAAAGUAACAAUUAAUAAUAGUCUCUUGGACAUAUUAUUACUA